AUGCAUCCCAGCCAACCAGUCUCCGCCAACGAAAACAAUGCUCCGGCCCAGAAAGAUCAAGACUACGUAUACUUCAGCCGGAAUCCCUCUCAAUUCUCCAAGCCCAUCCUCGAGAAAACCACGGCUUGUAAAUUGAAAAUCGAACAUGUCUAUCGAAAAGCCGUCGAGGAGGCGAUCGAGCGGAAUCAGCGCCGGCAAGAACUAGAAAAGAAGAUAGCAGCAGAUCCGACGAUAACAGAAGAGCGGAAACAGAGACAAUUGGCUAACCUGGGUCGAACCGAAUCGAGCUUCUUAAGGUUAAGGAGAACCAGAUUGGGAUUGACUGAUUUCAGAACGGUCAAGGUGAUUGGCAAGGGGGCCUUUGGUGAAGUCCGAUUGGUCCAAAAAGUCGAUACCGGGAAGAUCUAUGCAAUGAAAACUCUCCGGAAGGCUGAAAUGUUCAAGAAAGAUCAGUUGGCUCAUGUGCGCGCAGAACGAGAUGUAUUGGCUGAAUCAGACUCUCCCUGGGUCGUCCAACUCUAUUACUCAUUUCAAGAUUCGCAGUAUCUGUAUCUGCUCAUGGAGUUCUUGCCUGGUGGUGAUCUGAUGACCAUGUUGAUCAAAUACGACACGUUCAGCGAAGACGUCACCAGGUUUUAUAUGGCUGAAUGUGUCUUGGCCUUGGAAGCUGUUCAUAAGCUCGGGUUCAUUCACAGAGAUAUCAAACCUGACAACAUCCUGAUCGACAAGGAUGGACACGUGAAGCUUUCAGACUUCGGACUGUCGACCGGCUUCCAUAAACAGCAUGACUCUGCGUACUACCAAAGCUUAUUGGAGGGGGACAGUGCGACGAGCGGGGCAGCGGCAGCGCCAAACAGGAAUUCGGUUGCCAUCUCCUCGAUCAACCUGACUGUCUCAUCGAAGGAUCAAAUCGCGACCUGGAAGGCCAAUCGAAGAAAAUUGGCCUUCUCGACCGUCGGCACCCCGGAUUACAUCGCCCCUGAGAUCUUCCUCCAGCAGGGCUACAACAAGGAGUGCGAUUGGUGGAGUCUCGGGGCUAUCAUGUUCGAAUGCUUGGUCGGAUAUCCCCCGUUCUGCUCUCCCUCUGCCCAUGAAACCUAUAGAAAGAUCAUCGAUUGGAGGCACGAACUUUAUUUCCCUGAUGAUGUACAUCUCUCCAGGGAGAGUGAAGACCUCAUUCGAAGAUUGAUUACCUCGGCCGAUCAUCGAUUAGGCAAGAAGGGAGCUGAAGAAAUCAAGGCACAUGUGUUCUUUUCUGGGGUCGACUGGACGACGAUCCGCAACAUAGAAGCGCCUUUCGUACCCCAUUUGAAAUCGGUGACCGACACAAGUUACUUCCCAACCGAGGAUUUGAAUGACGUACCAACUGAGCCUCUUGGAGCUGACACAGAUACUAGCAGCAAAGAUUUGGCCUUCUUAGGUUACACCUUCCGACGUUAUGAGAACUCUGGUGCAGGUGAAUUCUAG